CAAACUUCUCGCGGUGGUUCUAUGAUUUCUACGAUUCUCGGAGACCAUUUGCACUCCUCCUUUCUCUGGUCGCACGGUUCCCAGUAAAGAGGUUCUGAAGAUCUCGGAGAAGAAGAAGCUAGGGUUGAUGGAACGUAGAGAGGGUGACAGAUGAUGCAUGCCCUCUCGGGCGAGGAAGAAAAGGGCGGCUCCAGUGAAGGCGUAGCCGACAGCAGUAGCAUCAUCAAUGGCGAGCAGCCCAGCGCAACAACAUCCACCUCUUCCGUCGCGGAUCUCCGAUGUGCCCUGGCAGCGCAGGGCCUAGACUCGCGCGGAACGAAGAAAACGAUAAAGAGAAGACUUCAGAAGCAGCGCGCCAAACAGCAGCGGGGUACUGCUGUCAAAGCGGUUGUUCAGGAGGAAGAACACAACUGGAGGCCAAAGCAUGACACUUACCUCGUCCUGGACGUAGAAGCGACAUGCGAAGGCUCAAAGAAUGGUUCAUUCGACUACCCCAAUGAGAUCAUCGAGAUGCCAGUUGUGUUGCUCCAGUGGACAGAGGGAUUCGAGCGCUUAGAAGUGAAAGAUACAUUUCAUACAUACGUCAGACCAACUUGGAUGCCGAAAUUGACAACCUUUUGUCGGCAGCUGACGGGCAUCAGUCAGGCUCAGGUCGACACCGCACCGGAAUUUCCCGAAGUGUGCGAGCACCUGUCUGGCUUUUUGCGCACGCAUGGUCUCCUUGUCGAAGAAGAGGAUCCCAGGCUGAGGAAGGGGGUGGUGUGGGCUACGCACGGGCCUUACGACCUUCUACAUUUCGUCGUCAAACAGGCUUUCAUCUCGAAAAUGCGAGGUGGCCCACCGAGGUUUCUGAGGGGCCCCCUCUUAGAUAUUAGAAAAGCCGUCCCAAAGGUGGUCGACUUCGUCAAGCAAGGGCAGAGCCGCAAUAACGAAAGGAUAGACGAGGAAGGACAUGGAAAGGAAGCGAGCGACCCAUUGGUUCAAAGGAUGGACAGGCUGACGAUUGUCGAGGAUGCGAAAAUUACGCACAAAGAAGAAUCUUCUCGUCUCAGCUGGGUCACAUCGUCCAUCGGUCAGCUUGCCUCAUCGCUUGGGUCAUUCCUUGGCUCUCCCGAAGCCACUCCAACGGAGGAAACCUCGCAAAACGGAGUCACGCCAGACGCAGAGGUCACGCUUGACAAGCAAAUUACGGUGCGAGAGCCACCGGCAGGAGACAACGAGGUGGCAGGAGACAACGAAACCGCAAGUCUUCCUGAUGUCACUGUCGUCGAGACGAAGUAUGCCAAGAAGAAGCGAGAAUGGCGCGACAGAACCAUCGAGGGUCUGCUCGCUCAGCUCUCGCUGGGGCCCUUCGAGGGAAGGCAGCAUUGCGGGCUUGAUGACACGAGAAAUGUAGCGAGGAUCGUGUGCGCACUGGCACAGAUUGUUGUCGACACCCAAAAGGGUUGCGACGAGACAUCGACGAAAAGGGAGGUCGCGAUCAUUGCGCUGAACCCCAACACGAGCUGCAGCAAGGCAGGAGAAAGAAGAUGGGAGUGGAUGGGAUCGAAGUUGGGAAAAGUCAUUUGGGCAGCCCAAGACGGGGCCUCAGAGGUCGACGCAGAGGGCACAGAGGUCGCCGAGAAGAUCAAUGUCUAGACUAGACUGUAUGACAUGUUGUAUUAUCAUAGUGU